AUGCAUUACCUACCGGCGGUUAUAUUGGCUGCUAUAGCGUAUGGAGGGCCUGGACGCCGUUUCCUGAGAAGCUUUGAUACGUUUGAGUAUGCAACCAAAAUUGAUUGUUCUACUGCGGUGUCGAUAUCUCUAACGGAAGCGGACGGCGAAACUUGUGUGAGUAAUUGUGUAAAUAGCAAGUCCUGCUCCCAGGUGGGGUCUGGAGGUGCUGAAGGCUUCAAUGUAGGGAACUGGAGACGCUGCCUGCUGGAUCUGGGUCAGUAUUGCGCUUUCUCACCAGAAAUUUACUACGGCCAGCCUGUGGUGCAAUCCAAGCGAUAUACUGCAACCAACAAUAACAUCACUAUAGCCACCAUAACCAAACAAGGUACGGGCAUAUCGGCUUCCUUCCGCUGGAGGGUCCCUGACAAUCUAGUUGACGAGUGCUCGAAGAGGCUAUACUCAAUGACGUGCUCAAAGAAUCCGGAUCAGACGGAUCUGUCUCCUCUCGUCGUACAUGACUGGAAGAACCUCUCCUACCUAUUCAUAAAGACCGAACCCGUUGAAACCCUCUGUGCUUCUCCCUGGUCGAUUCUGGACUCAACUUAUGACAACGAAAGCAGUACAUCCUGCUUCAUAUUCCCCGAUCUUGAACCGCUUCAAGCAUUCGGACAGAUGUACAAGACUCCACACCAGAUAGUGGGCAUGCGCAAAACAAAGUUACUGCUCGAUCUCGAUUCAAGAGGCGAGUACUACAUCGGAGCGACUCCUUUGGACGGCUAUGAUUCUUGA